AAAACCACACAUUAUUUAAGUGUGAAAUCAUUCCCAACGUGGCGUAAAUUCAAUCUUGCGAAAUAGAUUUAGUGGACGACGUUCCGUUGAUCACGUAACUGUUGUAUUUUAAAAUUCAACUGCUUUAUAAACAACUUUAAUGUAACAAUAAACCAUAUCAAUAGUUUCGCCUUAAAUAAUCAGGAUGGUGUUUCUUCAUCUAUUCGUUUUAAGCAUGAUAUUUGGACUUAUUGAAGUUCAAGACAUUAGAUGCCCCUAUGGAUGUCUAACAUGCCUCGGGGGAGUCCACUGUCCCACGUGCAUAAAUGGAUUUUAUUCUGUUAGAGAAGGUGCAUACACACAAUGUAAAGAAUGUCCUUCUAGGUGCUCUUCAUGCUUUGACCACUGGACCGUGUACUGUGUUGCUUGCACGAACGAAACUCGGUACGGAAAGGACUGCAGGGAGAUUUGUAGCAAUGGAUGUCUUAACUCAACAUGUGGCAAAACUUCUGGAGCAUGCUCAUGCAGAGACAACUAUGAAGGCAAUCGUUGUGAUAGUUGCGCUAAAGGCAAAUACGAAAUGGACUCUGAUUGUGUCAUGGAUUGUCCACAAAAUUGUAAGAGGUGUAUUUCGGCAACAAACUGUACAGAAUGCAAGAAUGGCUUUUUUGGCGAUGUUUGUGAAUUCAAUUGCUCAAGAGGUUGUUUUUUGGACAAAUGUAGUAAGAGUAACGGAACAUGCUAUCAGGGGAAAUGCAAACCAAACUUUGAUGGUACCAACUGCACAAACUGUUCUUCUGGGCUACAUGGGACAUCUUGUAAGUUACCCUGUUCUAAAAGCUGUAUCUCGUGUUCCUCAAGUACAAGUUGUGAUAAAUGCAAACACGGUUACUGGGGAAACGCUUGUGAACACACUUGCUAUCACUGGUUUUGUGUUGGAAAUAACUGACAAGGCUAGAAUGCUUGAAGUAACUCAUCUUAAAUCUGUACUACAAAUCUACAUGUACCCUUGACAAUAUUUGGACACUUGAAGUAUAAAAUCUAAAAUCUUUAUAUAUUUAACACAAAAUAUAUAAGAUAAAUAUAAAAUAUAAUGAAAUUUAAAUAACUAUUAUAUAUAAACAUAGUAAAGAACACCUACAUUCUUGAAUGUAUGUGAUUCGCACAAUAAUGUUUGUUCUAAAUAGUGGUUAAAGAUUUUAAAUUAGAUUCUAAUGGUUAAAGAUUUUAACCACUUAAUUUACUUGAAGGUUAUCAUGGAUAUGUGGCAUUUGCCGGCACAUUUCUAAAACCAUAAGCCCUGCGAGUACGCCAGAUAUUGUUAUUUCUAUAGUUAGUUAUUUCCACCAUUAUGCAUUAAAAUAUAUUUUAAAGGGAAUUUAAAAGAACUAUCAGGUAGAAAUAUUUAUACUAUGUAGUUGCUUAGACGUAUAACACAAUCAAAGUGGCAUUGCAUUGGGAUAUAACUUGACUUUCUGAAGAAAAUUACUUUCCUUCUUUUACAUAAUAUUUGAAGCGUGGUAUAAUUUCUUCUUCAGGUUAUAGCAUUUUAAUACAGACCACCUAUACAAAUGUAAGGCUGUUUGGGAUCUCAUUUCAAUUUAAGUCAAAUUAUUAGGAGAAGUAAUAUAAUAUGUCUGAAUGCAGUAAACGGCUUUAUACACUAAAAUUCGUAUAAUAGCUUAUAAAGAAGACAAUUACACUAAAUGCUUAGAUUAUUUUUAGCUCAACUAUUCGUUAGGAAUAAGUAGAGCUAUUGUAGUCACCCAAACGUCGGCGUAGCCACUUACGUUAAAGUUUUUGUAAUACCUCAAAUAUUCUCAAAAUCCAUUGACAUAUGGUUUUGAAACUUUGC